AUGACUGAAAACGUGCCUGGUGAUGUGGUGAGCAACGCACCGCGUCGAUGGAAUCAAUCCGAUGACCAACGCACCACAUCGAGUUCACGCUGGUUCACUAGAAUUGCACUAAAAGCUGGGGAAAAUUUAUUCGUCACUGCGAUGGGAAAAAGACCCAUAACCCAACACAAACUCAUGUAUCAAAUGGAAAAAUAUCUCAAUUAUACUAAGGUUUUUAAUUCCACCAAAACUUCCAUCUCUACCAAUCUUUUCAAUUCCAAUAAUUUGUGCCCUUUUUCUACCACAUUCAUUCUUGAAGUAUCAUCCAAUGGUAUUCCACAACAAACAACUAAAAAUUCCAGUGUCGCCCCAAUUUUGAAAACCAUCAAUCUUGAUUCAUUAAAAUUUGUUUCAUCAUUUCUUCUAGAUUGCCUGUGGCUUAAUUUGCUUGAGCUUGGGGUUGCUGAAACUGUUGUUGCUGGGCGUUCCAUUGUUGAUUUAGUGGCUGAUCCUACCGCUUCAUGUUGUAGGCAUUCCCAUUGUGAGCUAGCUACUUCCUCUUUGUACGUUAGAGAGUGUUAUAGAAAGUGUAGAUUUGGGAAAAUGUUGUUUUUUGCUGUUGUUUCUCAGGCAAUUAAAAUGGCGUUCACUAAAGUUGAUUGGCUUACUGUUGGAUGGAAUAAUAAUACAAUUGAUUUUUAUCUUGGACUGUGAACUUAUAUUAUGCAAGAUGUCAAAUAGUUUAGGCUUUCUAGUGAAGGGAUUAAUCGAUUUGACAAGUUUUGA